AUGUCUGAUCGCACUUUGUCGACCUUCCGAGCAGGACCUCUGUCACCCUCAUCACCCGCUUCUGGUACUCUGAAAGAGAGCCACCGGCAUCCUGUUGCUUCGGAUCACAUUCCCCAGACCCCGACAUCUCCUCCGUUGAUGUCGGUCAGCGAUCAAAGUCAUGUCUCCAACUUCGCAUCCUCGCAGACAUCACCAAAUAAGACGACCGCGCAACACCCGACGGUAUCUUCCCCUCCAUCCUCCACACCGAUGUCUACUCAGGUCUCUCAGCAACCGACUAUGAGCACGACGAACUCAUUUCCCACUCCUGCCAGCAGCGUGGGUGGUCACCCAGCGAAUGCGAUGUCUAUGGAGGAGACGGAUUAUUCGAGCAAACUUCCUGGUGUGGGGAUGCAGAACUCGACAGGGUCUACAAAUCAAGAAGCAACUGAACAUAGGCGGACCGACCACGAUCGGCAAUCCGAAACUACAAAUCCAGCGACCGGCAUUGAGGGCGCAGCAGAUGUGGAUGCUAUGGACGUGGAUAAGGAAUCCCUUCACCGUCCCGUCAUUCCUGGCUUGGAUGCUCUUCAGAAGAACUUCACCUCGGCUUUCCAUCUUUGCAAAAGCUCGCCUACUGUGACUGGUCCAGAUCCUUCAUUGGAUUUGAUCUCCCUCUACGGGUUAGGCCCGGUUGCGCAAUCGGUAGCAAGGGUGGACCCCACGACGGGAGAUAAGAUUAACCGGCUGCGAAAGUCUUACGAAGGAAAGCUCAAGGGGUUGGGGCUUGCGGGUCGAAACAAACCAGUGAAACAGGAACCCGGCGCUCCUGGCAGUUUGAGACACUUGACCCUAUGGCCCGAGGAGGAGUGGCAGAAUCAGAAGGUGUUUGGGAAGGCGAUCAAGGUCGCAGAUAUGGACUCGGAACUGCAAAAGCUUCAGGCCAGAGCUAUGCAAAUGGCGCCCGGCGCGGUCCCCAACAACGAUUUCUGGGAGGAUGUCUUGGGCCAUGAGAAGCCCGCUAAGCAGCAGGCACCUGGUGAUACAGGAAAGAAGACUGCCCCUACUCCAGCCGCAGGCCGGUCGGUCGGUCAGUCGAUCGGAACGCCCCGGUCUCAUCUAGAGACAGAGCGGCCCCGCCCGACUCGAGGUCGCAAGAGACAUUAUGACGACAACAGCUUUGUCGGAUACGGCGAGGGUUACGCCGACGACGAUACCGAUGCUGGUUUCUACUCAAAUGGCGAGGGAACGGGGAAAAAGAAACGAAAGAAGGAUCACGUUUCCAAAGUGUCGACACCUCUCUCCGAACGAGGCGGGAGCUACGGGGUCGGCAUGUUUGGCAUUGGAGCCAGAUGA